CAAGGGUCAGUCACCGGGGGUUAGCUUGAUGUACACAGUGGGGAGGUGGCUGUGACAUAUCCGUGUUAGUAGAGAGGGAGUCUCUGUGCUGUGCGCUCGUCAGCACAACAGCGAUGACGAGCCCAUCGUCGAUAUAGAUAUUUGGUCUUUCUUUUGCUUUGGUGACCACUUGACGGCUCUAUCUCUAUCUUUCAAUAAUUCGAAAACUGAUCUGAAAAAUACAUGCCCCUCUAGUGUCGUUGUCCUGGUAAGCAGAUUCCGGGAGUGGUUAUUCUAGUCGCUUUGAAUUGGAGAAGCUUCGCAGAGCCUGGUGUGGUGAGGAAAGCAGAGAGGCCACGCGUCUGACUGCUACGGGUAACAACAACGCGAGUGCCCUUCGAUGGCGAGAACGGUUAGAGCGAUCAGCCGCCAAGAUCCAACAAAAUGAGUAAGAUAGCGACGGUACAAGCGCUGAAGAAUAAGCUUAAAGAGCUUUAUUCGCAGCACAACCCUGAGAACGUGGGAAAAAUCGAUUACUUACUGCAGAAGUACGACGGAAACGAGCAGCUGCUGUACACCUCGGUGUGCACGAAAUACAGCAUAUCCCGUACUGUUGUUUUCUUGUCUGAUUGUGGCUGAACUGUAGUAGACGAGGUAGAGCCGGAUCUGGAUGGGAAGGUAUGUUAUUUAUGCUGGAAGGACGGAAAUUCGUAGCGAACUCACGUGUGUACCAAGUUGUGUCAUUUAAAUGCCUCCAAACUCACCCCGAAACAGCAUUGCCCCUCACGCGGAAAGUGAAGGAGUGGGAUGCGGCAACAGGAAAAAAUCAAGUACAGAUAAUAUGCGAGACGACGGGUGAGUUGCUGGAAACUUUAGAGGAGGUACUUUUUGUUUUGUAUUGAUACCAAAUCCUCCUGUCUGACCACAACAAAAUGAUCCGCGUUUUCUGGUCGUCGAUCACAAUUUUUUGAUGAUUUGAAUCGGCCAUUCAUGCUUCACUCACAAAAUUCUUACAGGAAGAGGACGAGGAAGAGUACGAUCCGUUUAGCACUGCGCCAUCCGGCGCUGACAAGGAUCGGCUCACUGAAGAUGUCAUCAAACAAAUUGACUGCCACCUGCUCGGAGUGAUACACUCGAAUAUGUUCGUCUACCCUGACGAUCAAGAGGCUGAAGAACAGCUGCAGAAGGUGACAGCAGUAGAUUCGAUGGGCGAACUGUAAUACCCGUGCAGUAGCGAAAUAGGAUCAGCCACGUCUUCGAACAAACCGACAAAAGAAGCAACAAGGCAACAGGAAUCCUUUGUCUUUGUGACUUUUCCCCCUCCCCGAUAAACAUCAACAAAUACUUUACAGUGUAUGUGGCAUCGAACGCUCAUCAAUCUUAUAUCGAAAAGAACAGUGUGAAAGGGCGAGAGAGAUCGACCGGAGCGCACAUAGGAACAUUGAUUUUUCUAUUUUCAUUCAUUUGGCAGAAAAGACCGUCAACAAGGGCGGCAAGCAAGGCAGUAAGAUCUGACGGAAUUUUAGAUGAAGUAUUUACUUUUACGCAGAGAAACUUGGGAUUUGCCUUAAAAACGGUACGAACGCGAGAAACAAGUAAGAAACCACUAAGGUAAGGCAACGCGGCAUCGAACCACCGACUCGCCAG